AUGACUGCUCGGUUGGAAUGCUACAAGACACCAUGUAUUUGAUUUUCUAAAAGAAAUCGAUCUAGCUUUAUUUUCCAGGUAGCCCGACGGGACUGAACCCUUUCAUAGCGCCCGAAAAGCAAAAGGUUUUGAUAAUUUUUUUUUUGAAGGUUCAAAGUUUUCAUUACAGAAGCUGUAUAUUACAAUGCCACCUGGCCCAAAAUCUCUUGAGUAUAAAAAAGUAAGAAUUUUCGCAACUUCUUUUCUAUCUGUCGAUUGUUACAGUUGCGGGAUCUAGUGAAGGAAAACACUACAGAAGAUUCUCGAAACCAUGCCAUCAUUUUUAAGAAUCGAUUGAACGAUGUAUUUUCUUUAUUUUUUUUUUUCGAAAAGUUUUCCAUCAAUACAGAUCCUGGUAGAACUACCGAACGCUGCUCAUAGCGGAUGCUUUCCCCAAAAAGCGGUUUCCACAAACUUGGCCGAUCAAGAAAACCCAAAAAAAACGGGUGGAUCUCCUUAUGCGUUGAAGAAUCCGAGACGAAAUCAGGUAGGACAUGCACUUCAAUUUUUUCUGAUAAUAAAAGGUAUUUUUAUGACUAUGAAUUCCAUUGAAAUCGCAGAAUAAGUUUAUAAAGUAAUUCUUUGAAGAACUAAUGAAUUUAUUUUCAUUUGCAGAAACCCGAACGCUCGAAAUACGUGUGGAGAGCGACUAAUACCACAAAAAAAGAGGUUUGUAAAAAAAUAUUUUUUUGCUUCUAAUUUUCAAUAAAUCAUGUGUAUGAGUUGUACCGACCAAAUUUUUACCGAAGUAUAUUCUCAGAAAAGAACAUUUCAUUUUUAGGCAAAGUCGGAAAGGGUGUAAAAAGGCUCCUUUUUUGCUGCCCUUUUGCGCCAUUUUAUCGGCCCAUGUGCACCAUUUUGCCGCCUCUUCCUUUUUUCACCAUUUCUUGAGCCUUUGAAAUUCUAGAAAAAUAGAAGGCUCGAUAAAGGGUAUUUUUUGCUGCCUUUUUUGAGCCUCUUUCAUUUAGCAGCCAUUAUCCACCAUUCUGACUUUGUUCGAGUUCAGUUUCUAAAAGCUCUUGCCAUUUAACUAUGCAUUUUUUGUUUGAUUAUCUCGAGGUUGAACUUUGAAUAGGAAUUCACGCUUUUAUAAACGAAAAUUUCCCUUUUCUCACUCUUCUUUUCUUCAGAUAACUUUCAUCGCUCCUCCCACGAACAAGCAAACGAUAGAAGUUCAAACUCCACAAAAGAAUGAUUCGCCGACUAAUUCGACGACGCCGCGACUGACGAGUUCCGUUAGGACGAAGCGUGCAGAAGCAAGGAAUCGGCUAGAACAGCUCAUCGGAGAUCGCGGAAAAGCCAAGAAGCUCCACGACAACCAGCCGACGCUCAAAAUCAUCACAGACAACGUGGAGACCUCGCAACUCACCCUGGCCCAGUCCGGAACUGAGCCCCAAGUUCGAGUGGAAAGAGAUUUGGAUGAGGAAACUCGCACUGUCUUCAUCUCUCAUACUUCUGAAAACGUUAGAAAUUUCGUAUAUAGUCCGUUUUUUGCGACUUGUAAGGGCGGGACUUCUCUGCGCCCUCUCUCGUUGACGCGUUAUUUUUUCGUUUCUGUGACCUCGCCGGUGACGGAGCAGAGAAACGGACAUGCUAAAAAGUCGGUCGGUUUGAAAAACUAGGCCACGCCGCAAUUUUGCUCCAUGGAACACUUCGAAUUUCGAACUGUUUUUUUCUUUUCUGAAUUUUUCUUCCUUUUUUUUUAAAUUUUACUAUAAAAAGGUUUUCGCUUAUUUUCAUUCAACUGUAUCGUUCUCGCGAGAAAAAAAAAACGAUGGUUACUACAGUCAAAAUUAUAAAGUGAUUCAAUUUUUGAAAAUUCUUAUUUAUUUUUCUGGACCCAAAAGAACUUCAUAUAACCAGGCUUGUGCGAGGGCCGGCCCGUCACCCUCCCGGCCCCCCGACCAUUUCAUAAGCCCGACCCGGCCUUAGCGGGGCAUUUAAAGUUUAACAAAAACUAUGUUUUCAAAAGUAAAAAUAACAUUUAGGUGAAAAUUUUUUAAAUGAAAUUUUAAACUUUUUUUAAAGCCCGGCCCGGCCCGAGCCCACGCGGGCUUUUUUCUGAAAUUAAGGCCCAAAGCCCGGGCCAGGCCGCCUGACCUGACGCACAAGCCUGCGUAUAACCAAAUGAGCGGAAUUAAAAAUCAUAAGUAAUCGAAAAAUGAGAUAAUAUGUAAAAUACACACAAAAAAAGCAAGAAACAAAAUUACAUCUAGUAAAAGGUAAAACAUUACCAAGAAAAACAAUAAUAAAUAAGGAAAAGUUCAAUUCGAAGUGAGGAUCAUGCGUCUCAUAUCCUAGAAAACUGAUAAAAAGGAAGGAGAGAUAUAGAAAAAGGGAAAAAAGUCUGAAAUUCGAUUAUCCAUGAAGCGAAAUUGCGGCGUGGUCUGGUUUUCCAAACCGACGGACUUUUCCAGCAUGCCAGAGAGACGCAGACACGCGUAAACUGUCAAGUCGCGACGGGCGGACUGAACUUCUAGAAUGAAUUCUAGACUUUGCAUUUCAGGUAUCUUCAAUAAAUCAGACAUUGGACGCAGAACAAGUAGAUAUAGACAGCGUUCAAGACAACUGCCUUCUUUUCCGUUUCGGCAAGUGCACGGUGAGCAGUAUUUUGCGACAAUUCAUACCUUUCUCUCUAGGAGCCCGAGGCUUGUCGUCGCAAUCAUACACCUCCGCCAACUGAGACUUUCGAGUAUAACUCCAUGUUUCUCAAAAGCUAAUCAUGAUACUUCAGGCAGCAUCAAGACGGUUUCUUCCCGCUAGUUUCAGUAAAUGCUCCCGUUUGUUCGGUAAUCAACAUUUGAAGUCUGACUUAUGAUUUCUUUGUUUCCAGGAGUACCUCAAGUUGAACUGCUUCAAUGCCCGCUGCCUCAUGCGACAUGUCAGGCAAUAG